AUGAGUUCAAUGGACAACACGGUUAAUAAUGGUAAAAACAAAAAAUAUUUAUUACAAGGAGGACAUGAUCCUUAUUUGAUUUUAUUAAAAGCUUGCGAGGAAGGAGAUUAUGAAACAAUUAAAUUUGCAUGCGAACAUGGUUACUUACCUAAGAUGCCAUCAAUGUAUAUGAAUAAAAAAUUUGAAUUGUAUAAACAGGUCAAUUUCUUCUCAAGUUUCAUGGCAACUCAUAGUCUUGAAUCUAUUAAAUACAUGUUCACACAGCCUAAUGUGGAUAUUGAUUCUCUUGACUCAACACCAUAUCACCAUGCAGUUCUAAAUGAAGAUGUUGAAGUUACAAAAUAUCUUAUUUCAAUUGGAAAAUUUGAUAUCAACGCAAAAGAACCAUUUGGAGCAUUUCCUAUUCAUUAUGCUGCACUUAACAAGAAUGUCGAAGUCUUCAAAUUACUCUGUACUCUUCCGAAUAUUGAUAUCAAUGCUAUGGAUAAAAGAAAACUCACACCUCUUCAUUACGCAGUUCUAAUAAAUAACAUUGAAGUUGUCAGAUAUCUUUGUUCACUUCCAAACAUUGAUAUCAAUGCUAUGGAUAGUGAUAAUCACACAGCUGCUUAUCAUGCAGCACUUAAUGAUUAUGUUGAAAUCAUUCGAAUUCUUUCUCAAAAGGCAUAA